UUGUGAGGGCACAAGAAAUCCCAUUGAGACAGCAGUUCUUGAACUGUGUCAUCAAAAAUUAUUACGAAGGAAAAAACAUUCGUUUAAAAAAAACAAAAAGAUGAUUAUACGCCUAAUUUUGUGUGUUGCUGGGAUAAUACUUCUUAACAUGGCAGGCUGUCUCUGUCAGUUAAAUGUGUGUGGCCAAGCUCCCUUCAACACCAAGAUUGUUGGAGGGCAGAGUGUGACCACAGGGUCUUGGCCUUGGCAGGCCAGCAUUCAGUUAAUCGGUGGAAGUCAUUUCUGUGGUGGUAGUCUCAUUAAUAAAGACUGGGUCUUAUCUGCAGCUCACUGCUUCCAGAGCUAUGGUGCAUCUAGUAUUGCCGUCUCUUUGGGACGUCAGACCUUAACAGGCUCAAACCCAGAUGCAAUAACUAAGACAGUAAGUCAAGUCAUCACCCAUUCCAGCUACAACUCAAAUACUGAAAACAACGACAUAGCUCUCGUAAGGCUCUCAUCUUCUGUGACUUUCACCAAUUACAUACGGCCUGUCUGUCUGGCUGCUAGUGGAAGCACACUUGAUGCAGGUGCUAAGACCUGGAUCACAGGAUGGGGAAAACUCCAUGCAGGAGAUUCUUCGCUUCCAAACACACUGCAGGAGGUACAGAUACCGAUUGUGAACAACACUGAUUGUAAUAAGGCUUAUGGUAUUAUUACAAGCAACAUGCUGUGUGCUGGUUUUACCUCGGGGGGCAAAGAUUCGUGUCAGGGAGAUUCUGGAGGUCCAAUGGUCUAUAAGAACGACUCCCUGUGGAUUCAGUCUGGAAUUGUGAGUUUCGGGAAAAGCUGCGCUGCAGCCGGCUUUCCUGGUGUGUACACCAGAGUGUCUCAAUACCAGUCUUGGAUCAACAAUUACAUAAGCAGCGAUCAGCCUGGAUUUGUCCAAAUUUCUGCAACUGGUGGUUCAUCUAACCUUCACCACUAUCUUCCUCACACAUUAUUCAUCUUCUCACUUUAUCUCUUUUUGUAAAAUUGUACAAGAAGAGAACACAGAUGAGGGAGGAGAAUUUGCAAUGUGCACUCCUAUAAAUGUGAAGGUUUUACAAGUGAGGUUUUAAUCUUGUCGUUUAUUUAUCUUUGUUACAUACCAAUACUUAGGCACUUUAAAACAUAAUUAUAGACAAAUGUGAGUUUAUUAAGUUUAACAUUAACACAAAAAUUAAUCUACAUUUUUUUUUAUCACAAACACACUCUCUUUAUUAAUAUUUUAUUUCUGUGAUUUAACUUAUGGUGGUUAUUUUGACUGACUGUGAAUUUCAUUUAAACCAUUAAGAGCUCUAUAGCCCACACAACACAAGAUCCACUGCAAAUGCACACCAGUCAUGUAUUAACAUUUACUUUUAUGUGUUAAUGAUUUUGAUCCAAAUAGAUUUAUAAAUGAGAAAGAAUUUAACUAACAAUAAGCAACCAAAUUGCACACUGAAAUAAACAAAAGUAUAAAGCUGUGCUUAAUUGUUACUGAUUACGUUCUGUGAUGUUUUUUUUCUGUAUUAUUCCUUAAGAACAAUGAUCAUUUCUGUUUUUCGAAGUGUCAAGCCCAUAUAUAUAGGUACUUUUAAAGUGCUAUGAUGAUGUCCCACUCUGUUUAGUAAUUUGAUGAGUUUAGGGGCACAUUUCCUCAAUAACUACAAUUUAAAUUACAAGUGAACAAAAUACCACAUAACUAGGUUGACCUAAGAAAAAACAGGUGUAAUAGCAUGGAUAUGAUUAUCUAUAGUUGAAUAACUCUAAAAUGUUUCGCUGUCAUGCACAAAAUGACAGAAAUUUUGAAAUACAAAAUUAGAAAGUGAAGUUAGAGCAGAAUUUAGGAGAGGAUGCCACCUGGCGCUAAAGCGGUGCAGCUGCAGGUAGGUUUGGCCGCAAAAUUAACCCCUUCGGAAACUGUGUUUCAAGCAACCUCACGUUGUUUCAAUCGUGUUGUUUGUUAUGAUAUGUGAUUUAAAAAUGUAUCGUGAUUAGCUACUGUAAAGUGUUUGUAACGUAUGUGAAAACUUUUUUCGGUUG